AUGAAUAGUUUAAUAAUAUUUAUUUUACCCACCUUAAUAAAUAUUGCUUGGGCAUUUAACGCUAACCCUGAUGAGAUAUUCAAUCUACCCGGGCUUCCUGAGCCAGUUAAAUUUCGGCAAUACUCGGGUUAUUUAAACGCUACGAAAGGUAGGCAUCAUUUUUACUGGUACUUCGAGGCUGAGAAAGAUCCUGAGACAGCACCGGUAGUCCUAUGGCUAAAUGGUGGGCCAAUGUGUAGUUCCAUAUUAGGUAUGUUCACCGAGAAUGGACCAUAUACGGUGGACAGUAAUGGCACAAAAUUGAUCAUGAACAAAUACUCGUGGAAUAAAGUGGUCAAUAUUAUAUACAUAGAAUCCCCGGCCGGAGUGGGAUUUAGUUACGAUGAAAAUGAUCCUGAGCCACUAAAUGAUAAUAAUCAUACAGCUGCGGCUAACUAUUUUGCCCUGGAGAGUUUUUUCGACAAAUACCCACACCUUAAGAAAAAUGCAUUUUAUAUAACCGGUGAGAGUUAUGGUGGCGUUUAUGUCCCGAUGUUAGCCAAUGAGAUAUUUGCACGAAAGUCAAGCAUAAAUCUGCAAGGAAUUGCUAUUGGAAAUGGCAAAUAUGAUUUUAAUCUAUAUGAUUAUACUGACCAACCUACCUUAUCGGAAUAUGAAUUUGCCCUUGGUCAUGGCUUAAUAAGCCCGCAUUUCUAUCAGCAAAAAAUUGAAAGCUGUUGCAGUAUUGACCAGGAUAACAUGUGGAAAUGCGAUUUUCUAAACCCUGUUAAUAAAACAAAAUGUGACUCGGUCAAAAAGGAGCCAGUAGAUGUUAUCAACCGUUAUAACCUUUACGAUAAUUGUCCACUAGAAAUUGUUCCUGUUAAUAAUACAGAUUUAUUUGGUUUAUAUAACCCAUACGACCCUAGUAAUAAUCUAAUUAAGCUACCACAAAACAUAGACAAACCCGCCUACUGUGCCCAUUCGGGACACAAAGAGUAUAUGAAUCGUGCGGACGUACGUAAAGCACUGCACGUACGCAAUGAUGCGCCCAAAUGGUGGGACUUUAAGGGCAAUAAGGACUAUGCUAUUGAUAUGCGGAACGGGAGCCUGACUUUCGUAGACUUAAUAGAAAAGUAUAGAAUCGCGAAAAUACUCGUAUAUAACGGAGACUUCGAUAGUGUUUGCGAUUUUGUGACCGACGCCCGGUUUGUCGAGGGACUGGGCUAUAAGUAUACCGAGGAGUACAGACCUUGGACAGUUGAUGGCAAGCAAGGUGGUGUUGAGGGUGGUUUUGUACAGCAUUAUGAGAAAGGUCUUAGUUUUUUGACGGUCAGAGGGUCGGGUCAUAUGGUGCCGACCGAUAAGCCCGAGGCCGCCCUACAGAUAUUAAAGGCUUUGAUUGGUUACGCAAAGUUGUAA